AUGAAAAAAGGUCCCUCCUGGCAAACAGUCUCAUUGUGCUCACGGGCAGCAGAAUGAGAAGAUGCAGUUGGACGGAAACGUGAUGAGGGACCACGGCUUACUGAUGUGAAUUAGCUCCACAGAAUAUUGGCAGCGUCAAAAGCAGUCCUAUCAAGCUCAUACUGUGGCGGAGCACCUUUUUGAACAGACAGUAAUGUGAAAUACCUCUGAGAGCAAAUCCUAUGGUGGCAGGCCAAUGUCUGGACAUGGGCAACGGUUCAAUCAAGGUCCCACGCGCUGAGGAGAGCAACGGCCUAACCUCCAUCCACCCAGUACCUCCAGGGCUGGACACAGACAUUUUGAGGAUGCGAAUCAACUACCUGGAGUUGGAGUUGGUACAGAGGAACCAAGCAUUAGAAGCUCAAGAACUUCAGUUGCAGCAUCUGCAGAAAGAGCUCGAUGCCAAGAUGUCCCAGAUUGACAAACUACAGGAUGCAAUAGGGUACAACAGCAGCUUGGGAUGUACACCGCCAGGAAUGUGUCACCGCCGCUUCAGUGUCAUCAAUGAAGGUCCCAGUCAUUUCCACAAGGUCGCCGUGGAGGUCCAUCAUAGGUUGAAAGCAAAGAAAGGUGUCUCUGCUGAACCUACUUCUGAAAACUUCUGUGGGGGGCUGAGAUCUACUCACAUUUCCAUGGUGAAGCCCAUCCACAAAGAUUCAGAAAUUAAAAAGUUAAUAAAUGACGCCAUCACAAAUAAUGACUUCUUGAAGAGACUGGAGCCACAGCACAUGAGGGCGAUGGUUGACUGUAUGUAUGAGAAGGUGUACACCAAAGGAGAGCUUGUCAUACAGGAGGGUGAAUCUGGAAACUACCUCUAUGUUUUAGCAGAUGGCUUGCUGGAAGUCACCCAAAAUGGCAAGUUGCUUAGUGAGAUGCUGCCUGGAACAGCAUUCGGAGAAUUGGCAAUUCUGUACAAUUGCAAAAGAACAGCCACUGUGAAAGCUGUGACUCAGUCCAACAUAUGGGCUUUGGAUCGCCAGACUUUCCAGGCUAUCAUGAUGCGGACUGCACAAGCCAGGCAUGAAGAGUAUUACAGCUUUUUGCGCAGUGUGUCUCUGCUUCAAGAACUGCCAGAAGAGAAGCUUGCCAAGAUUGUCGACUGUCUUGAAGUUGACUAUUUUGAAAAGGGAGAGUACAUUAUUCGUGAAGGUGAAGAUGGGAAUACAUUCUUUAUCAUAGCAAAGGGAGAAGUGAUUGUGACACAAACCACCGAAGGUUUUGCUGAGCCUCAGCAAAUCAAGACUCUGGGAAUUGGGGACUACUUUGGUGAGAAAGCUCUCAUCAGUGAAGAUCUCCGCUCGGCCAACAUCAUCUGCAAUGAGAAUGACACACAAUGUCUGGUGGUGGACAGAGACAACUUUAACCAGAUGGUGGGAACCUAUGAGGAACUUCAGGUUUACCUCAAGGAAUAUGUAGAAGAACUUUCCAGGAGUGAUGAAAGAAGGAAUGCCAUGCUGCAUUCACCACAGAUUGAUUCUACAGAAGCCCAAGAGCUUAGAAGGUUGAAGGAGAGAAUUGUCCAUUUACCACAUAAUCAGCCUUUCCAACAGUUGGAGGUGAUAGCAACACUGGGCAUGGGAGGAUUUGGACGAGUGGAGCUGGUGAAGCUGAAAGGCGAGGACACGACGUUUGCUCUGAAAUGCAUUAAGAAGAUGCAUGUUGUUGACACCAGACAGCAGGAACACGUUUAUUCUGAGAAGAACAUCCUUCAACAAACCAACUCGGCAUUCAUCAUCAGGUUAUUUCGGACAUUUCGUGACAAUAAACAUAUCUACAUGCUGUUGGAGGUGUGUCUUGGUGGAGAGCUGUGGACGGUGCUGCGUGACAUGAAUUAUUUUGAUGAACCCACAGCCAGAUUUUGCAUAGGUUGCGUCUUAGAGGCUUUUGAUUAUCUUCACACCAUGGGUAUCAUAUAUCGAGACCUCAAGCCUGAAAACCUUCUACUUGAUGCAAAAGGUUAUGUUAAAAUGGCAGACUUCGGUUUUGCGAAAAAGAUUGGUCUUGGAAAGAAGACUUGGACUUUCUGUGGGACCCCAGAAUAUGUGGCACCAGAGGUCAUAAUGAACAAAGGCCAUGACUUUGGAGCUGACUGCUGGUCUUUAGGAAUCCUCAUAUAUGAACUUCUAACUGGCAAUCCCCCAUUUGCUGGAUCAGACCCCAUAAAGAUCUACACAAUGGUCCUCCAUGGCAUUGAGAAGGUUGACUUCCCAAAGAGAAUUGGCAAGCGUCCAGAAGACCUCAUCAGGAGACUCUGCAAAUUAAACCCAGUUGAAAGGGUGGGGAACAAAAAGAAUGGGAUCAUUGACAUCAAGAAACACAAAUGGUUCCAGGGCUUCAAUUGGCAGGGACUGAAGCAUCACAAGCUCCUGUCUCCCCUAAAGAGAGAGCUGAAUGGCCCAAUGGAUCACAGUCGCUUUGACAUCUUUCCUCCUGACAAAGAAAUAACACCCGAUGAGACCUCUGGCUGGGAUAAAGACUUCUAAUUUCUCACACAAAAUGUUCUCCAAUGUCUCCUCAUACAACAAAUGAUGCAGCAUCAUCAGUUCAUAAUCCUGCUAGGCCCAGCAGGAAUCCGCGAUUGCACGAUUGUGGAUUUGCCGCGGAUUUGAAAGCUCUCUGCGGAAUUGAAAGCAGUCCGAGGAAAUAAGGAUGCAGUGAUAAUUUUACAGUUUACCCCCAGCGAGUCCCAGGGCCUCGCUGAUCAGAAAAGUAUGAGUCCCAUAAUGCAUUUAAGGAGUCCCAAAUUUCGAAUUUUGAAAUGGUCUACUUAUUCAAUUGCAUAUGAUAAUAUCACAAACAACAACAAUAUACAUUGAUAAUAGGUUUAUUUCUUAUUAACAAAUGCUGCAAAAAUUAAAACAAUUCAGCAUACAAGAUUAAUAAUAAUAAUACAUUUUAUUUGAAGGCACUUUUCAUCACACUCAUAGACACUUUACAAGAGCUUAAGACAGGAUUAAAAUGUUCACUUAAAACAAGCAUACAUAAUUUACAAUAGCACAUUUACAUGAACAAAAAGCAAAAUGGGUAAAAGAGAUUAAAAGGGUAUUAAAAGCAUUGCG